AUGUAUCAGAAAGAUAUAUUCACCCAAUUUCUCGUUUGUGCAGGCCUACAUUCUCAAGACAAAGAGAGAAAUAAAAAAGCAUUGAAUGUUUUUCAAGAGAGAGGUGCAAAAAUGAGAGAUUCCGCUUUGGCUCUUAGACUAAUUAAGAGAUAUGAAGAAGGAUUAUUUUCUAAAAGAUAA